ACUGUCGUCAAGCGCGGGGUCAGUCCGGCUCCAGACAGUGCAGCAGCAGUGGGUGCAAGCAGUGUGGCAGACGAACACCCCACGAGCACCAGCUUCUCAACCAUUAGGGCUUCGACAGCCGGAGAUGUCGGAUCUAGUAUGGCCAGUCCAGUGAUGUCCGAUGGUUCUGUCCAGUAAAGCACCCGUCGCCAAUGUCCAUGCCAACCCCGACCACAAGACGCCAACUGCUGCAGAGAGCCCAACUUCAGUCCUUCGUGCCGGCGUCACCCACAAGGCCUUCACAGUCCCCAACAACCUGCUCACCGCCAAAGUUCCCUUCUUUGACAAGCUACUGUCGACCAAACCUUCCCCUGCUGCAGAGCGACUGACUUUCGAUGAUCUUAACGAGUUCGCAUUCGCUCUCUUCGUCCGUUGGUUGUAUGGCGGCCAGCUCCAUGGUCCCAACGACUUCCACUCGGUCCAGCACUACCUCUGUCUGUAUGUCAUGGGCCAGAGAUGGGAUGUCGAGGCACUCUCCAACGACACCAUCGAUCUGGUCCGCUCGUAUUACCGCAGCAACAACAUGACGGCACCUACCUUCCGCCUCGAGUACAUGUACACCUUCACCGAGACGCCCAACAAGAUGCGCAAGUUCUUGGUCGAGACGGCAGCAUUCCGCGCCCUAUGUGGCGAACCCCCAGCCAAAGAAGAAUACCUGACCGACUCUAUGAAGACGCUGAUCAAGAAGGGUGGCGAGUUCUCUGUUGACUUUGCUCACUCUCUCGCCAAACUCACCAAGGAAGACUUCCCCGACCCCAGAAAGGGUUCCAAGUGUGACUGGCACGAACAUGCCGACGGCAAAGUCUGCGAGAAGGAGCUUCCAGAGCCUUACAUGACUUCGUGAUGAUGCAUCAUGGCAUGGCGUACUGGCUGGUUAUGGCGAGAGGAGGUGCGGGGAUUGCUAUUGCUGAUUGACUGGCCAGAGACAAAU